UGCUCCUCCUUCAGUGAAGCUCCUCCCACAACUAUCACACCUUCAGUGAAACUUCUCCCACAACAAUCACACCUUCAGAGAAGCUCCUCCCACUGCAGUUAAUCAAUAAAUGCUGGAAUAUUCCCAUCAGUCUACAAGUGAAGACCAGCAUCAAAGCAUCAGGAUGAAGUGAAAUCUGCAGAGAGAGAGUUUAUUGAAGAACAGAGAGAACAUGAGAGAUCUAGAACCCUGCAGAAUGAAACACACUGAAGAACAAACAGAUCUAAUGGAGAAACUACAUCAUGUCAAAACUAGAGUAAAAACUCUCUCACAGACUGAAAGAGUUUCUUUACGUAAAAGAAAAGUCAAGAAAAGUUUCACCUGCACUCAGUGUGGAAAGAGUUUCACAUACAAAGAUAGUCUUGAGAUUCACACGAGGAUCCACACUGGAGAGAAACCAUACAGAUGUGAUCAGUGCGGGAAGAGUUUCACAUCAUCAUCAAACUUUAAGAUGCACAUGAUCAUCCACACUGGAGAGAAACUUUAUGUAUGUGAUCAAUGCGUAAAAACCUUUUCAUGUGCUUCAAACCUGAAGGAGCACCUGAGAGUUCAUUCAAAGGAGAAACCACAUUCAUGUUCUUUGUGUGGAAAGUGUUUUUCACAACUGCAGAAUUUAAAAGUUCAUCAGAAGAUACACACUGGUGUGAGAGAAUAUAUGUGCUUUGAGUGUGAGAAGACUUUUAUUACAUCUCAACAAUUGAAAAUGCACCAGAGGAUCCACACUGGAGAGAAACCUUACAAGUGUUUCUGUGAGAUUCAGAUCAACUCAAAGAUAGAGCUCAUCCACUAA